AGUCUGCAUUCCGUCUUCGACUGACGUUGACUUGCGUGUGUGCAUAGCUUACAAUUUUCUCGUCUUCUUUGCGAUAUUAUUUUUCUAAGUUUUCGUAAUUUAUGCUUUUGUUGCUUUCGUUUAUUCGUAAUAUAAAGAACAGAACCAAACCCAGUGUAAUUUGAGCGUAAUUUACAAUAUCGUAAAGAUUUGAACAAAUCAUUGUCGGUUGUUUUAUUGCUACACGCACCGAAUGGCAACACACCGGUAUAUUCAAUAAAACAAAUUCAAUUAAUUGAAUGAAACAUUGUAUUGAAGAAAAUUGGACAGAAAUUCGUUCGUAAAUGUGUGGUCGAUAAGAGGAGACACAGUGAGAUCGUUUAAUAAAGAAAUAAAACCAUAACGCAGAGAAUUCGUAUCGGUUCAGCUUAAUUUGCAUAAAAUUCUCAUAACGAUCGGUUGAAGUGUCAUUUGUCUUUUUAACGUUGUCGGACCCCGGCAUUUAUCAUAAUUAGAAUAAAUAAAAAUAUUUGAAAAAGUUUUCGAUUAAAGACAAUUAUGAUGUGGUUAAUUGUGUGUAUGGCUGCAGCAGUUGUAGGAAGAAGUCACGCUGCCUGCUAUUUUUCAUCCGAGCUACAAGGCUCCUUCGUCACCCAAAGUACAGUCACCGACAAUGAAGUACAUUACAGUGACGUUAACAUUACGGAAGAUGCGAUAGCUAUUUGGGGUCAAUGUCACAAACGCAUCGAAAACAAUGUAAUCCUGAUGAUUGGCUCCGAUGAGACGGCAUGUUUCCGUUGCUUCCAUUUGAAAUUGGUCGCAAGGAACGUGCUGAAAGUGCACACGGCCGAUAAGGAUUACAUUUCAAAGUGCUACACCAAUGAAAAUAAGGCGAUAGCAUCGUGUCCAUCCUUAGACAUGCUGAACGAUGCGUCUAAGCAUACCGAAAUCAUUUUAUACAAAACCCGUGAAUUCGAUGGACAAGAUAUUCGACGUGAAUAUUGCCCCAUCAACGGACGGUAUAAGCUGACCUACAAUGUUGACGAUGGAUUGGAAGACAAAAUCGAAUGUCCGCAACCCGAUUCCGUUCUAGACAACUGUCCAUCUGGUUCGGCAAUGAACUUACGGUUCCGUAAAUGUUCAUUCGAAAAUCAUGAAAUCACAUUCGAGUGUCUAGGACACUGGCAAGUGGGCAAUCGAAAAUACUUGGCAUUGAUGAAUUCAAGGAAUGGCGAGAGACUAGGACCACAAUAUCGUUGCGCGACCUACAAAGACGACGACGACACCAUAACAAUUUCGUUCAGCAACGAUUCCACGUGUGCAUCAAUAAACGCCUUCAGCAGCGAUAACAAUGCCGGUGUCAUGCACAGUGAAUCGCUGGUUCUGUAUCCCGUCGAGCAGGCCAAUUGGCCACAAUCGAUAUUUUGCAGUUAUCCGGAUUGGAUGUAUGGCCAUUGGGAGCAUCUGUUUAUCGAUCAGUCGACCGUUGUGUACAAAGACCACCAGUCGUUCAAAACGUACACAAUGAAAUGCAUUGAGAACGAAAUCAAUUCCGAAAAGUAUAUCGUCUUCAGUCGGACACAGUGUGGCGAAGAGUCGUAUCACUGUGUGUGGGUGAAAAAGCGUAGCGCAAACAUUCUCGAAUUCCAAAUCGGUAUCCGUACCGGUUCGAAUGCGUCAUCGAUUAUCUGCGACGAUAUGUACUUUGACGAUUCUCGAUGGUUGACUCAAGCCCGUUUAGAUCACAACCAAGUCAUGUCACCCUGCCCAGUAAAUGGCGAAUUCACCGGAUUGAUCCCUGACGCACUUGGACUGUGCGCUAAACUAUCGUCGGAAUGCCAUUCGCCCGAUAACAUGCACUACGAGGUGUCGGCAUGCAAUUAUGACGAAGUUUAUGAAGAGCGUGAAUAUCGGUGCUUGGGCCAGUGGGAAGAGAAGGGUUUGGUUUACACGUACACGCAACGACGAGAUGUUGGUACGUACGAAUGCUUUGUCGGUGGUAUGAUGUCCGACCAGAAAAUCUACAUCAAAGAAGCGGGCGAACAUUGUCAGAGGCAUGUGAAUCCGUACAGAUACGGAAUGGAGCUGAAUAAAGUUGCUUCGUGUAAGAACACAACGACACCGAACGCACGAUCGACAACGACAGAAACACCGUUGUCGUAUUCGACAAUCAAUCCGGUGAAUAUUAGUGACGAGUCGAGUACGGUUCGAGUUGAAGCGGUAACAUCAACGACAAAGGGAAUUCCCACUUUGAGUCCAGUCAGUAAGACAAUAAAUGCGGGCAAUGCAUUGAACCGUUCGACGGUCACAAUUAUCGGUCUGUGUGCGUUGGUGGCGCUAGUAAAUAAGUUGAUUGCUUAAGAAAAGAAUCGCGUUGAUGUGGGCUCACUAAAAAUGUGCAACGUCUUCCUAAAGAGUGGAAACUAUAAACUUUAUCGAUUGAAUGGUGUGGAUGAUGUGCGUCUUUAUAAUAUUUUUAAGAGAGGUCUAAUGUGUGUUGUGGUAAGUAAAAUUAUAUUAAAAGGCAAGAUGGAAGACAAACACACUCGUAAGCAGCUAACCCCUUGUUUGUAAAGCGGCGGUUGUAAGGAUUUGUCGAUGGUUACCACCUACCCGGAAAUGGUUACUACCGAAGAAUUUUUAUUCUUUUUCAGUUGUCCUAACUCCUCAAAAUUGUAAUUCUCGAGUCUCAAUCGCUCGGCCACACCGCAAUUAAAUAGCACUUAAAUCUGACAAAGAAUUUUCCAGUUUUCUGUUCAGCAGCAGCAAGCAUAUCUUAUGAGGUGUGAUUUUCGAAUCUACUACUUCCCUUGAUGGCUCAAUAGAUUGAUACAGAAUCUUUUACCUCAUUUCUUUUUAACAUUUUGCUACAUAGAUUGCAAUAGCGACAGUCGCUUUGUUUCGUGGUUUCGGUAAGAGAAGACAUAACUGCCUGAGUUUGGAGGCUGCUUAUUUAUAUCGUUAGACUAGAGAACUAUAUUUUUAUGGAUUGAUUGUAGACGUAAAAUUGAUUGUGUUAUGAGUGAUGAUGAUGGUGUGACGACGUACUUAAUGUUUUGUACGAGUAGUGUAAAAGUAAAAUUUUAUUUUUAUUUCGAUUUAAGUGUAAAUUAUUGAACUUCUUAUGAUACCCUAGACCUACAGUGUUACGAGUAAGGCUGAAAGUAUUUUAUGUAAAUAAAUGAAUUAUUACGA